AUGUUGCAUGUGCAGCUGAAGAGAAGUACCGGCCGGACUGCAGUUUUGGCCCAAAGUUUUGCGCCAGUUCUGAGUGUUUGUGGACAUCCGAAGAACUGUUUUGCACACGGUCCAGAGUGCGCAGUCAUGGGGAAGAAGCCAGCGACGCAAAAGAUGAGCUUGGCCGACCUGAACGCCAAGUUCGGCGGCAACAUGGCGGAACAGCAGCUGCCUUCCCAAAGUGUCGGAAAGGACUUUGGCAAGGCGAAAGGCAAGGGCUUCCGCGACAUCGACGGCGCCCAGGAGGCCAACGAUUGGCGGAGCAGCGGCCCCCGAAAGGGCAAAGGCAAGGGUGACUCGGAGCCGAGUCGCGCUGACACCGGCGACUGGCGGGGUGGCGGCGGCGGCCCUAGGGAAGACCGUGGUGGCGGCGGCGGCGGCGGCUUCCAGCGAAGAGAGCGUGAGGACAACACGCAGGCUGGAAAGGAUGAAGAUUGGCGAGGUAGUAUGGGCCGCCGCGAGGACAACGACCGCGACGACCGCCGCGGUGGCGGCGACCGCUUCGGCCGCGGCGGCUUCGGCGACCGAGACCGAGACCGCGACCGAGGCUGGACGCCCUAG